CUUGCAUAUGUCGAGUGGUUCACAAAGUUUCAGACCAAUCCUGAGCCAUCCUCGGGCCUAUAUCGGAUCAAGAGAGAUGUUGGUGGUGACGGACUAUGUGCUGCCUCUAUCAUUUCCCUCGACAGCAUUGUCCGCAGUGUACACCUAUUUCCACAAUGGGGUGGAUCAGUCCCCUCUGAAUGGAGUAGUGAAACAGUG